AUGGCGUCAACUUUUACGGGAACGCCUUUACGGGAACGCCUUUCUCCCGCUCACGGGACUGAAGACGAAGAGUCACACGCCAGGGAGAAAACACCAUCGCCCCCGGCUGGGGCACUGGAGCUGAGCCACGGAGGUGUUUUCGCUGUGCUUGGAUCUGGCGCCAGCCAGGCCACAAAGCUGCGGAAGGGCAUCGAGCACAAGAGCAAGGAGUGCCCACCCGCCAUGCCCCCUGCCAACCUUGCUGCUCGUUUUCCCGGGAAAUGCAAAAGAAAGUGCCCUCCCCAGUGGUCUUCACUCCAUUUCAACCAGGCGGAUGCUCAGGACCCAGAGGGGCAGGAACAGGCAAAAAAUGGUUUUGCAAUCAUGGGCCGCUUGGAAUGUACGUGUCUUAGCAACAUGUCCAGUCCUGUGAAAAUGGACUGUGCUGCCAAUUGCAGCCAUGAUAAGGAAGAGAGAUUUGGCACCCAGGAACGGGAGAAGACCAUCAAUCUGCGGGGCCCGUCUCAACAUCUGGGCAUCCUUAAGCGAAGAGGAGAACUUCUCGUCCAUGCGGUGAAGGAAACUGCCAUGUUGUCUUUGCCACCAAACCUGCUGACGGAAUUCUCCAACCCCGUGUUCGAGGAGGACAGCGAGGCACUGGGCCAGAAUCGGCUGGAGAAUGAGAACGGGAGCGGUGCCAAACUCUCUGCCAAUGGAUUUGGUAUCAAGCGGGUCGAUGUUGUAGAGGGGCAUAAAUACAGAGUCCCACAGUACAAGCAGAACAAGAAGAGCAAGUUUGCCCAGCAAGUGCAAGAGGCAGCCAGCCAGAAAUUCAAGCCAGACUGCAAAUUUUCCUGGCUCUGCGUGGCCGUUCUCAGCGUUUUGCUGCUUCUCCUCCUGGCCUUGCUGAUCGGCAUCCUAGUCACCUACCCGUGUGGGGGAAGACUUGGGGGCCCUGAAGGCUCCUUCACCUCCCCCAACUAUCCAGAUCCCUACCCACCUAACAUCCUCUGCCGAUGGCACAUCCAGGUGAAGGUGGGGAUGGUGAUUCAGCUGCAAGUGGAAGCCCUGGAUGUGGAGGCCUCUGACCUGUGUUUCUAUGACCGGCUGGAGAUCUACGAGGAGCCAGAUACGACCUCCCUUUGGGACGGGAGUACCAGGUACUGCGGCACUGUAGCCCCAGCAACGAUCAACACCAACUCUAACCAAAUGCAGGUUGUUUUUGUGUCCGAUGAUAACAUUGCUCCCUCGGGGUUCACCGCCAGGUACCGGGCCAUCCUACCCAGUGAAAAGAACUGCUCCUGGGAUGAAUUCUUCUGUGACCAGGGACUUUGCCUCCUGCCAGCCUUUGUGUGUGAUGGCCACCAGGAAUGCCAGGACAAGAGAGAUGAAUCCAAUUGUAGCACCAAGCACACAGGUUGUGGUGGGACCUUGACCAGCUUGGAGGGACAGUUCUUCUCCCCAAACUACCCCAAACCAUACCCACAUCUACAGAUUUGUCUGUGGCAUAUCUCCGUGCCAGCAGGCCAUGUGAUCCAACUGCAUUUUUACAACUUCAGCCUUGAGUCACAAGAGGACUGCAAUUUUGACUUUGUGGAGGUGUAUGACAGUGCGGCCAUGGGGGCAAGCAGCAUCAUGGGUCGAUUCUGCAACUCCAACCCACCCCCGGUUUUGACUUCAUCCCAACAUGUCAUGACGGUGCUGUUUGUGGCUGAUGAGGAGAUUGUGGAUGACGGAUUCGUUGCUGUCUAUCGUGCCCACAAUGUGACUGAAAGAACAUGUGGGCCUUUAGAGUUUGUCUGCAGAAAUGGCGAGUGUGUGGCCCGGGAGCUGGUGUGCGACAGCUGGCGGAACUGCCCAGAUGGAAGCGACGAAUUCAACUGCACCAGCAUCUCUUCCACGCCAGUGGAAGCCUCCUGUGAACCCAUAAAGGUAGAGAUGUGCCAAGGUCUCAGCUACAAUUCCACCUCCUUCCCCAACAUCUGGCUGAUGAUCCCACAUCAGCAGGGUGCUGAGGAGCUGCUUCAAGACUAUAUGAUGCUGCGGGACCUGGCUUGCUACCCUCACCUGCGUUUGCUCCUCUGCAGCCUCUUUGUCCCCAAGUGCAUCCCCGAAGGGGGCAUCUUGCAGCCAUGUCGCUCCGUGUGUCUGGGGGCAGAGGAGCGCUGCCGAGAGCCCCUAACCCGCUUGGAUGUCCUGUGGCCCUUGAACUGCAACAUCCUGCCUGACUCCACCAACCCUCUGCAGUGCUUCAUUCCCUGAGGGGGGUCCCCCCCAAUGCCCCACCCAGAGGUAGGCCUGUUGGAGGCAGCUGGUGGCCGAGGAGAGGUCCCCGUCCAGAAGAGCCUUUGAUCUGUUCAGCUUGCAGCAAACAGUUGCUGGUCACUCCCCAAAAGCUCUCCAGGGAAUCGAUCCUAAAACCAUCUGCACUGAAUCUCCCUCUUGACUCUACUUCUAUCUCUGUUAUGGCUGAAAUGAUUCUAAGAUAGAGGGAU